GGAGAAGGAGGGAAGAGGUGAGUUUUGUGGUCUGUAGCAGUGCCUGGAGAGGGCCUAAGGCGUGACUACCUCCUUCCUCUCAGGGGGACUGCCUGCUGCCCCCACAGACACCCAUGGUUCAUUGCCCACCAGCCCCAGCAUCCCCUGCGCGGCAAAGCUGGUGGCCUGAGGAUCCUGGCUGCCAUGCCACCUCCUGUCCUCCUCUCCUUCCUCCUCCUCCUCUUCCCCAAGGGAGGUGGGCCUCAGAAACCUCUGCUGGUGGAGGUGGAAGAGGGAGCUGAUGUGGUGCUGCCGUGCCUGCGGGGCCCCUCCAGUGCCCCCUCGGAGUGGCUCGUCUGGUCUCGGGGGAACCAGUCGGUGCCCUUCUUAGAGCUGAGCCUGGGGCUCCCAGGCCUGGGCGUCCAGAUGGGGCCUCUGGGCAUCCUGCUGCUCAUCUUCAAUGUCUCUGACCAGAUGGGGGGCUUCUACCUCUGCCAACCAGGGCCCCCCUCCAAGAAUGCCUGGCAGCCUGGCUGGACAGUGAGCGUGGAGGGCAGCGGGAAGCUGUUCCGCUGGAAUACUUCAGACUUAGGGGAUCUAAGCUGUGGCCUGGGGAACGGGUCUUCAGGGGGGCCCAGGCUCUCGCCUCAUCACCCCAACAACUCCCAGCUGUAUGUGUGGAACCAAGGCCACCCUGAGAUCUGGGAGGCAGAGCCCGUGUGUGCCCCACCGAGGGGCAGUCUCAAAGAGAGCCUCACUCAGGACCUCACUGUGGCCCCAGGCUCCACACUCUGGCUGUCCUGUGGGGCACCCACCACCCACGUGACCAGAGGCCCCAUCUCCUGGACCCGGGUGCAACCUAAGAAACCUAAUGCCACACUGCUGAACCUCUAUGUGAGGGAGAAGCCCCCAGUGCAAGAGAUGUGGGUCCUGGGGCCUGUUCUGUCCCUGUCCCAGGCCACUGUUCAAGCCACCGGUACCUACUAUUGUCUCCGUGGCAACCUGACCACCGAGAUACAAGUGAAGGUCAUUCCCCAGCCAGCUUGGCAGUGGCUGCUGAGGAAUGGUGGCUGGAAGCUCCCAGUGGUGCCUGUGGUUUACCUGACCUUCUGCCUGGGCUCUCUGGUGGCCUUUCUUCACAUCCGAAGAGCCCUGGUCCUGAGGAGGAAAAGGAAGCGAAUGACCGACCCCACCAGGAGAUUCUUCAAAGUGACUCCUCCCCCAGGAAACGGGACCCAGAACCAGUACGGAAACGUGCUGUCCCUUCCCACGCCCACCUCCGGCACAGGGCGUGCGCAGCGGUGGGCGGCAGCCCUGGGGGGCCCCGUGCAGCCCUACGGAAAUCCACACGCCGCCGACGUCCCGGAGGCCGGAGCCGCGAGCCCCCCGACAGCAGGCGUGGAAGAGGAGGAAGGGGAGGCCUACGAGGAGCCCGACAGCGAGGAGGGCUCCGAGUUCUAUGAGAACGACUCCAGCCUCGGGCAGGACCGGCUCUCCCGGGAUGGCAGCGGCUAUGAGAACCCGGAGGUCCGGUCCGUGGGGCCUGCGGAUGAGGACUCCUUCUCCAACGCUGAAUCUUACGAGAACGCGGAUGAAGAGAUGGCCCCGCCGGCAGCCAGGCCGACAGACUUCCUGAGCCCCCAGGGGUCCGCCUGGGACCCCAGCCGGGAAGCAACCUCGCUAGGGUCCCAGUCCUAUGAGGAUAUGAGAGGGAUCCUGUAUGCAGCCCCACAGCUCCGCUCCCUUCAGCCUGGUCCUCAUCACGAGGAAGAUGCAGAUUCUUACGAGAACAUGGAUAAUCCCGAUGAGCCAGGACUGGCAUGGGGGGGAGGGGACCACAUGGGGGUCUGGAGUACCAGGUGACUCCCAAGUGACCAGAUAAACUCAAUGAGAUCUUCCAGUUGUGUAGUGCCAGUGUGUGGGAGGGGAAGGAAAGACAAGGUUGGGUCCUCUCCUGUCCCCUCUCCAGUCCCCCCAAGAAGGAAGGGCUGCACUGCAUGCACUGUGCUGCUUUUUCCCUCCUGUGGCUGGUUCGGCGACAUUGCUCUCACUGCCCACAGCCCACCUGAUUCCUCCAGGAGACUAAGGACAGACUAAUUCCUGGGCCCUUAACCUGCUACUCAUUAAAAGUAUGGCUUGUGCUUUCUUCAGAGGCAGUGAGAGACUUGGCAGCUGCUUUUGCUAGAGAGAGACAGACAGACAGACAGAGACACGACACUUCACUUGGGCCUGGGCCUACUGAUGCUCAAUGGAUAACUAAAAUCAGAACAAAGCUUGACCUACAUUUUGCUUGUGUCUCCUUUGUUACCCUGACGCUUUUCUUUGAGAUCCUGGGUCAGCUGUACCUAUAGACAUGUUGAUCAUUUAGGGUGUGUCUGUUAAAAGCUGGCAAUACAAGAUUGAUUAGCCCUAAAUUUACAUAAACCUUCUCACUCACUCAAGACUGAGGACACAAAGAUAAGAGUUUUGCAGGGACAUUCAACUACCAGUGUGUGCCCAGAAGUCACCAGUCACCUUGGAGUCCAGCAGAGCCUCUGCAAUACUGAGUCAGAAGCAGUCACCUCUUCUCCUCUGGCGGUGCUGCAAAACCAGGACUGUGAGGAAGAUGACCCACCAGACCUCUGGGCUCUGCUCCUCUAUAGCAGCAGGCCUUGUUCCUUUGUUAAUGGGCCAGUCUGAUCUUCACCAGACAUGUGCUUCCUUCAGCUCCUCCAGCUGAAACCCCUUUCCUAUUUUCUGUUACUUUCUAACUCUUAUCUAAUAAAUCAGCUGAUGC